AUGGUGACAUCGAUAAUAAGGCCACUGGCUUCACAGCUUCAGCGGCAUCUUGUCCAGGCCAUAAAGAGCCCCAGGAUCACCCCUGUGCGGAGAUGUAACCUCACAGCGUGCUCCAGCAAAUUUGUCCUGUCCAAGGUGCAUCCCAUUUGGCAGGGGCCGCUCGCCGUACCAGGAGGGGAUUGCCAGUCUCCCAUCGAUAUCGUGGUUCGAAAGAGUGUUUUUGACUCAAAAUUGAAGCCUUUGGUCACCAACUACGACCCCAAAUCUUGCCAACAAAUCUGGAACAAUGGUUACUCUUUCCUGGUUGAAUAUGAUGACUCCACAGACAAGUCAACACUGAAAGGAGGCCCCCUUCAAGAAACAUUCAGGCUGUGUCAGUUCCACUUUCACUGGGGUGAAUGCAACUCCUGGGGGUCCGAGCACACUGUGGACCGGAGGCUAUUCCCAGCAGAGCUUCACUUGGUCCACUGGAAUGCAGAAAAGUACAGUCAGUUUGAGGACGCUCUGGUGGAAGACAAUGGACUGGCUGUUAUCGGAGUCUUUCUCAAGAUCGGCAAGAGACACGAGGGGCUGCAAAAAUUGGUAGAUGCCUUGCCAGCAAUCCGACACAGGGACAGUGUGGUGGAGUUCACACACUUUGACCCGGCCUGUUUACUUCCCCCCAAUAUCACCGAGUACUGGACGUAUCACGGCUCUUUGACCACGCCCCCCCUCACCGAGGCCGUCACCUGGAUGGUCAUGAAGCAGCACAUCGAAGUCAGCCAUGAUCAGCUGGCGGUGUUUCGGAGCCUGCUGUUCACGGCUGCAGAGGAGGAGGUGCAGAAGAGCAUGGUGAACAACUUCAGGGAGACUCAGCCGCUGCGGGGCCGGACCGUGCGCUCGUCCUUCACACCGUUCAUCAAGGAUUCCGCGCUGGACGAGGUGAAGGAGCACAGCCACUGA